AAAGUGGGCGGUUGCUUUCAUUUAAUUAAGGACUUGGGAUGUUAUUCUUCGCUGGCUGCUCUUGGCAUCAGUGGUUUGGCCUAUUUAUAUUAAUAUCAGAAUAUUUGGAAGGGGUUUUUUAUUGCAAUUAAGUCAACAGAAAAGUGAUUGGGGUGUUAAGAAGUCAUGCACCGGUCUUCUGGGUAUAAUGACCGACAUGUUCGGGAACUUGUGGCUGAGAAUUCCGAAUAUAAGAAGUUCCAUGAACAGAUAAAAAGAGAAGUGAAAAGUAUUUUGACCCGACAUGAAGGUUUACAGAUCAGGGGAGGUUUUAAGGAUUCCCUAGGGGCUAGCAAGCGCACUGGGAUUGGUCGUGGAAAGCCUGCACGUGAUGGGGAGGGCGGAGUCACUGGCAGCCUUAAGAAACAAUGGAGCAGCCUGAGACAGCUGGUGGAGUCUCUGGAGGUUCAAGCGGCACGGGCGGAUGCAGGUCACGUGAUCAGCGUGACCGAUCAUGAGAAAGAGCUGACCAAGCUUAGAAAGGAAACGGAGGAACUUCAGGAAGAGCUGAUGAGGAGCAGAGAUCUUAUUGGCCAACAGCAGCAGCUGUUACAGGAGCAGAUGCUGCCCGUGCCUGGGGAGAUGGAAGGCUCCCCUCUAUGGGACGCCUAUUUCUUGGAGGAGCAGCUGAGGUUACAGCAGGACCGGGCAGCCUUCGAGGAGCAGAAACGCGUGUUCCAAGAUGAAAGAGACAAAUUCACGGAGGCGGCGAUCCGACUUGGGCGGGAGCGUCUCCAAUUUAAGGCAGAUCAGGCGCUUUUUAUGAAGCAGCAGUUCCUGAGUAUGACCCCGGGUAUAGGAACUCCUCCUUGGAAAAAGACUCCUCCUUGGUCUGCACUCGCUACUGACACUCCUCCUGGCUCAUCUCAGAAGCCCAGACUCAACUUUGCCCCUCACAUGCACAGUCCUGCCAACUGGCAGAGCAAAAUGGCUGCUCCUAAUUCAAUGACACCAAGUACAGCAGAACUAUACAGAGUCCUGAGAUUAGCACCUCCCAGCAGGUCUGCACUUGCCUCUCAAAGGAAGAAAUGCCAAAAAGAGGAUUCUUAUUCCGAGGAGAGUAAGAGGUGGAAUGAUAGCUGCUCCCCCAGUAGUGAAUCUCCUGAUCCAGAAGCUUCAAUUCACAACGCCUUGCCCCUCAAACUGAGCAUGACCCCGUACCUGCUCCCCAGAGCCACCCCGCAGUCGCUGCCCCACAGCCGAUUUGCCCCGAAAACUCCUUGCACCGCAGAACUGUACAGAAAGCUGAGGUUGAGCUCCACUGACAGUGCAAUGUCUGGGCAGAUGAGACGGGAAAGGAGAAGAUGGACCCCUAACCUGCUGAACUCCUGCAAGCAAUACAGAAAGUACGAGGAGAGCUUAGCAUGUUGGCCAGAGAUGUCCAGGAAGGACGAGGGCACCCCAGUAUGUUCUCGAGGGAGGCCCAGAGCCAGUUAUGAGACUGAUUCCUCACAUUCAGGAGAGAGCAGGAAUUCUUUUCUGGGAAAUAGAGAUUCUCCGGUCAAUGAGAAGAGCCCAUACCCUAGAAACCCCUCUGACAGUUUUGAGAAAGACUCUCUGUAUAAGGUAUCUUGUCAUUACGAUUCCGAGACUCCGGUGUCUGAACAUGGCAACCACGAGCCCAGCAGGGACUCCCUCUACAGUAGUGAUGGUGCUAAAGACUGUCCUCCAUGUUUAUCGGACAAAGUAGACUGGCCCUGUGAUGAAGUGGAACCUCCGCCUAUAUUCAAAAGGCUUUCUGAGGUCUUUCAUAUACGGGACCUCGGUCAGAACCCAAGCAGAGAACCGGUUUAUGCGGACGAGGUGCUCCUUUCCCAAAAGUAUGAAGACCCUUGCACGGCCAAACACAACAAGAGCUGGUCAAAAUCAGUCCAUGGGGUUAAAGACAGGAGCCAGAUGAGGAGAUCUUAUCAUGGAGGCAACUCUACUAACCUCUCUAGGGAAGGUGGCCAUCACAAUGACAGUUGCAGGAGGCAAUCGCUCGGAGGCCUUCACAAUGACAGUUGCAGGAGGCAGUCGCUCGGAGGCCUUCACAAUGACAGCUGCAGGAGGCAGUCGUUUGGAGGCCUUCACGCAAAAGGCAGCUUGCGAAACCGCUCAAACGAGAACCUUUACCUGGAUGAGGACCGCAGAAACCGCUCCCUGCACAGGUCGUCUUCGAAGCGCCGAGACUCCUUGUACACCUCUCGCCCAAAGCGCUCUCCUCUACACCACCAUCAGCCCUGUCCCUCGGAACGGGGCGGCGAGGGCUGGAACUCGUCUACGGCCUCCCACAUCUGUGCAGAUCUUCUGAACCAGUUCCUCGACUGCUGCACUUGAGCACAGUGACUUUUAUAGAAAUAUAGAAAAAAACAAAAACGUUGGGGGGGUGUUGGGUCCCUCCAUAUGUUUUAAAGCACUUGGUUUACUGUUUUAUGAAUUUAUAUUGUCUAGACCCCCCCCCCCCCAAAAGAGUUGUUUUCCUCUACUGUUUCAGGUUAAUAAAUAUAUAAUUGUUCACUUGCUCGUUAACCUUACUCUACACCGACCCCCCCCCCCCCCCCCAGAACUGUCAUUGGACGAGUGUAAUGCACUUUUAUGUUAUGAACCAAUUCCUGCACCUUUUCUGGUGUCGAAACCCUAAUGGGCCACUUCGUUUUGACUUAUUGGUGUCCUGGAUUUGUUCUGAAAUCACUUUUAAAUGUUUUGGAUUUUAUUUUUGAAUGUUUGGUCUCUCCUAAUGCACUUUAGAGGAACUCGGGGCUUAGGGGCACGGUCUUUUCCUUCCACAAUGAUGGUCCCCCCCCCCAAUCCGGGGAAUUAGCUUGAAACAUAACAAUGGAUUUUUGGGUCCUGGUUGUCACUAAACUUUUGAUUUCAGCCACGAAACUGUGCAGAAAUUGAAUUGAAUUUACCUAACACAGACUUGGUAUAUUUGGCCCCCAUUUACCCCCGAUGGAGGGCAGCAGGUCUAAGUUUAGGAUUGUUGGUUUUAUUUUCAAUAAGAUUAAAUAUGAUUAAACUAUUUUUAUGUAAUUUUCAAAAAUGAAUAUUAAACGGAUAAUGGUGCCUAA